AUGGAUAACCCAAAUCAAAUGCCCGUGGAGUUAGAAAGGCCCAUCAGCCGGACCCCGCUGACGCAGAUCUCCUAUCUGCAGAAGAUCCCCACGCUGCCGCGCCACUUCUCACCCAGUGGGCAGCAGCAUCCGAACCUGGGCCUGCCCAGCAGCUCCUCCGCCAGCGCCCUCUUCGCUGCCCAGAGUGCCGCCGGCCUGCUGCCCACCUCGCCGCUGCCGCUGCAGCGCCACCAGCAGUUCUUGCCACCGCACCACCAGCAGCUCCCGGGAGUGGCAGUGGGAGUGGGACUGCCAGGAGGACCGCCCCAGUACUCGCCCGGUGCCCCCAAGUACUCCAAUGCCCAGCUUCCGCCUCCGUCGCACCAUCAACUGUCGCCCGCCCUGUCCACGCCGUCGCCACCUUCCCUGCUCCACCAUCCCGGCGUGGGAACGUCAUCCGCCUCCGCACAUGCUCCCUUCCUGGCCGGACCGCACAUGGACAUGCAGCGGCAGUCGCAUUCGGACGACGACAGUGGCUGCGCCCUGGAGGAGUACACCUGGGUGCCACCUGGACUGCGGCCUGACCAGGUUCGCCUGUAUUUCUCGCAAAUACCCGACGACAAAGUGCCAUACGUCAACAGCCCGGGGGAGCAGUAUCGUGUGCGACAAUUGCUGCAUCAACUUCCGCCGCAUGAUAACGAGGUUCGUUACUGUCACUCACUGACGGAUGAGGAGCGCAAGGAGCUGCGGCUUUUCUCCACGCAGCGCAAGCGCGAUGCCCUGGGCCGCGGCAACGUGCGGCAGCUGAUGAGCGCCCGACCCUGCGAUGGCUGCGACGAACUGAUUUCCACGGGCGACAUUGCCGUCUUUGCCACGCGACUGGGUCCCAAUGCCAGCUGGCAUCCGGCGUGCUUCGCCUGCUGCGUCUGUCGGGAGCUCCUCGUGGACCUCAUCUACUUCCAUCGGGAUGGACGCAUGUACUGCGGACGCCACCAUGCGGAGACCCUCAAGCCCCGCUGUUCGGCUUGCGAUGAGAUCAUCCUGGCCGACGAGUGCACGGAGGCGGAGGGCAGGGCGUGGCACAUGAACCACUUCGCCUGCCACGAGUGUGACAAGCAGCUUGGUGGUCAGCGGUACAUCAUGCGGGAGGGCAAACCCUACUGCCUGCACUGCUUCGACGCAAUGUUCGCCGAGUACUGCGACUACUGCGGCGAGGCCAUUGGCGUGGACCAGGGCCAGAUGAGCCACGACGGCCAGCACUGGCACGCCACGGACGAGUGCUUCUCGUGCAACACGUGCCGCUGCUCUCUCCUGGGCCGUGCCUUCCUGCCGCGCCGUGGAGCCAUUUACUGCUCGAUUGCCUGCAGCAAGGGUGAGCCACCGACGCCGUCGGACAGCUCUGGAACCGGCAUGUACACCACGCCCACUCCGCCCACGCAGCGAGUGCGUAGCCAUCCGCAGGCGCCCCUGCCGGCCCGCAUCCCCAGCAGCCACGCCUCCAGCUCGCCGCCCAUGUCGCCCCAGCAGCAGCAGCAGCAUCAGGCUAGCUUCAAUCUGGCCAUGUACCAGCUGCAGAGCCAGCAGCUGGAGGCAGCCGGAGGCGGCAGCCUGCUGGGUCUGGGCGGAGAGCUGUCCCUGCUGGAGCAGGGCAAGAGCUACGCCACCUCGGACUCGGACGCGGGCGUAGUCAAGGAUCUGGAGCUGGAGCACCACGGAUCUGGCCAUGCGGUCGGCGGGGAUCUCACCGACUUCUCGGGCGGUCGCGCCUCCAGCACCUCGCAGAACCUGUCGCCGCUGAACUCGCCGGGCGACUUCCAGCCGCACCUCCUGCCCAAACCCAUGGAGCUGCAGCGGGACGGAGUGUACAACUUCAACGAGAUGGCCUCGAACCUGGACGCAGCCUGGCCGGCCAAGCCUAGCCUGGGCGCCCCAAACAGCUACCAGCUGCAGCGCCAGCUCCUGGAGAAUCCGCAUACCGCCAGCAUGCCGGAAUUGGCGGGGAACCUGCCGCACCUCUCCUCCGCCCAGCAGUUCCAACAGUUCCCUCAGCACGAGUACGCGGACAUCCUGCAUCCGCCUCCGCCGCCCCCGGCCACGGAUCUGCCCGAACUGCCCACACCCAACUUGAGUGUGGCUUCCACGGCCCUGCCGCCGGAACUGAUGGGCUCGCCCACUCACUCGGCGGGCGAUAGGUCCCUGAAUACCCCCCUGUCCACUCAGUCAGCUACGCAGGCGCUCACCCAUCCCGUUUCCAUACUGAGCGGGGCCUCCUCCUCCUCGCCCAUGAGCGGGGAGCCGGGCAAGAAGAAGGGCGUGCGAUUCGAGGGCAUCCCGGACACCUUGCCACGUUCACGAAGCUACUCGGGCAAUGGAGCCGGCACGAGUGGAGGCUCGGAGCGGGAAAGAGAGCGCGACAGGGACAGGGACAGGGACAGGGAUCGGGAUCGCGACAGGGAGAGUGGCGGUCGUCAUGGUCACGGGCAUUCCUCUCGAAGGCGGAGGCGUCGCAAGUCCUCCUCCACCGCCGGGCAUCAUCGCAGCGGCAGUGGCCAUCGGUCGCACUCCACCACGCGGGCGGACACCUAUGCGCCCGCGCAGCCACUCUCCGCCUCCUACCAAGGUCCUCCCUCAGUCCUUCAAGCUGCUGCUAACCUCUCCCAUGAGAACGAGGCCCACAAGUCGCCCAAUCGGCAGCCGAAGGAAAGGGAGAGAGAGCGGGAGCGGGAACGGGAGGAGUCCGAGGAGUCGGACGUGUGCUCUACCUGCUCCUCGAGCUCCUCCAGCUCCGAGGACUACAUGAUGAUGUACCAGCUGCCGCAGAGGCGCCACUACGGCGGCGUGCGCGUGAGCUACGUGCCCAACGAUGCCCUGGCCUACGAUCGGAAGAGGAAGCCCAGCGAGAUGGGCGGCGACAAGGACAAGAAUUGCAUCAUCUCGUGAUGCAGCCGGUCCUGCAGCCCGAGGGCGCUCUAAUCAGAGCCCAGAUGCAUUCAGAGAAACAUAACCAGAUCGCAGAUCCCAGCCCGGCAAGGAGUUAUUAAUGCGGCACCCCUUGGGCAACUCCAUCUCGUGGCUAACGAACGUGGCCCAGAACGCUGGCGGGGAUCAUCAAUUCUUUGCAACGGAGGCAACUACCGGCACACGACAAAGCAAAAUAAAGUUCAACUUGACAUUAAGGCGCCUAGUUAGGAUACACUCACCCACAAACAUAUGCAACUCCGAAGGAGGAGAGACCGAAGCCCUACAAUAAGAGCCAACACUGUUCCAAAUACACAUCCCUAGUUAAGCCCAGUCUAUAUACAUAUAUAUAUAUAUAUUUUGAUACCUACGAGUAGCCUAAGAGAAGAUAUACCCUAUUUAUACCCUAUAAAAUUAUAUUUAUUGCAUCAACUAGAGUAGAUCCAACUAUUUUUACUCUAUUUUAAAGUUUAUUCUUAAGUAAAAAAUGAACAGGCGUAGAGUUCCUUGAAACACUGACGCUAUUGGGCUAAUGAAACACUACAAUAACUAUAACUUAAGACCAUCAACUGUA